CCGGCGCAAGCCGAGCCUCUCUCUAGUGUAGCUGCACACAUGCACGCGACAGCAUCGAACCGCCGCCGCCGCCGCCGCCGCCUCGUCGUUCCGUUCUCGCGAGCCCCUCUCUGUUUACAACGCCGGAGUGAGUGCGGAAUGCAUUGACACGAUUGCAGCAUAGUGACGAUUUUCUCGCUGGAUGUACUGUGCGCAUCAGGGACAAAGGGAUAUCGAGAGGUUAGGUUCUGUGCCCCCGCACUCGUCUCGUGCGUGUUCAGUUCGCUGUCUGUCUGUAUACAAUAGAAGACAUGGGUGACAGGUGCGCGGGAUCAGGAGCCGCGUGAUACGUAUACGAACAGACUCGUCUCCCUCCCCCCCCCUCGAGACAAGCUCGCCGCGCGCGGUGCUGUGUGCCUGUGCACGGGAUGAUGUUGUUAUCGUUGUUGUGCAGUUCUCGCUCGAGGAGCCGCUCGGUGUCCGCUUAGUACACCUGUCGCACCGGAAUCCGCGUGCCCUCGCGAACAAGCCUAGUUCUAGUUCUAGCGAGAGUGCUACAGCCAAGAGAGACUGAGAGUGCAGCGAUCAUCGAGCUUCGAGCCCACGACAAGCGCAACCACGUUGGAUCUCGCGGCGUUGAGCGGGUUCGGGGGUAGCGGCCCGGCGGUAGCCAAAGUCGCCGCGGUGGCGGGCACCGGGCUCCUGGCGUUGCCCGGCUCGCUGAACGAGAAGGGCCUGGCGCUGCUGAACCAUCAUCACCAUCACCAUCACCACCACCAUAACCACCAUAACAGCCACAAGCAGCAGCAGCAGCACCUGCAGCAGCAGCAUCUCGCCGCCGCGGCUGCCUCAGCCAAGACGAAGACCGCAGGGUUGGCGGGCCUCGACAGCGAGGCGGUGCGUCGCUGGGUCGCGGAGGCCGCGAGGAGCGUGCGCCAGUGUCCGCCACCUCCGCCGCCGCUGAUCGUUCCCAGCUCGUCCUCCUCCGCGUCGACGCAGAACCAGCAGGUGACCUCGUCCAGCCAGUUCUCGAGGCGGGCCUCGCUGGAGUCGAGUCCGCCGCCGGCACCGCCGACGCAGCAGCAGCAGCAGCAGCAGCAGCUCGGCUUCGCGGCCGCCCUGGCCGCCGCGUCCAUGACGCAGACGCCGAGCAUGCACCUCCUCGAGAGCGGCGCUCACAAUCUCGCCGAGGCUAUGCAGCAGCAGCAGCAGCAGCAGCAGCAGCAGCAGCUCAAGCAGAAGAGCCCGACGAACAACAACACCAUCGAGGCCUGGAGGUCGAUGCAGGGGGGCGCCGCGCCCGGACACCAGUGGUGGACUCCGCCGAGUCUCCAGGAGCAGCAGGUCUCGCCGAUCCCGGCUGCCCCCAGGCCCGCCGUGCAGGUGGUCGCCCAGCAACAGCAACAGCAGCAGCAGAGCUCGAGUCAGGGGGACGUCGAUCAGCCGCUGGACUUCUCCGUCGGCUCGCUGCAGCAGCAGAGGCUCCACGCCAGGGCCAAGACCGUGCAGGAGAGGCUCAGGGCGGCCAACAUGCACCACGACAACAACAACGGGACGAACAGUGUGCUGGCCAAGAUCGCCAAGGUGGCCGCCGUAAGCAAGAGGAGCUACAGCCCCAGCGAGGGCAGCGACAGCGGCAGCGAGGACGAGGGAGUGUCCACCGGAGGCAGCCCCAGCGGACCUCUUCGCGGACUCGAGAGCGAUCCCUGCGAGCCGAUGACGGACCGACCUUACGGCAAACUGUGGAUCGGCGACGACGUCACCUGCUGGCGAACGGAGCAGAGCGUGAAGCGCGAGCGCAGCUCUCCGUUGAACGCCUGCGCGACGACGACGACCACGCUGACGCCGACGCCGACGACGGCAGGCAGCGGAGCGACGACCCCGGCGGUGACACACCCCCGCCUGUCGCCCCCGGCACUCGCGCCCGCGAGUACUCCAGAUCUCAGAAGCCCCAGCGCCCUCCACGUCAAGCACCUCAGAGUGUCGCCCGCGAGCGACGCGCUCGGCCGAGUCGAGAAGGACCCGGCAUCGCCCGAAUCCCUCCACGAUGCCGACCUACACGGUGACGUGGACGGUGCCGAUCUCAGCGGCGACGACCGGAGUAUCGCGAGCGACGUCCAGGACGGCAACGACGUCCACCUGGACCACGACUCGAUCGACUCGGACCGAGAGGCCCUCAACCUGGUAACCGACGUCUCGCAGCGCAACAGCAGCAGCGGCACGAGUGGCAGCGCAUCCUCGCCGUCGUCGGGGGUGAGCAGCCAGCUGACCGGUAGCCAGCACGCGGGUAACAGUUCGCAGGCAGCCCUGGCGGCCCAGCUGGUCGGUCAGCAGUUGCUGAUGCACGGCUCGCUCGGGGCGCUCAGUCCCCAGGAGAUCCAGGCUCUGGCCUCGACGCUCCAGCAGCAGCAACAGUCGCUACAACAGCAGCUCCAGCAGUUUGCCAUGUUCCAGCAGGCCAACCCCGCGGCUGGACAGCUGCCCGCCCAGGCGCAGUUCUUCCUUCAGAAUCAGGGGCUGUUGCAGAGUGGCGGUGGCUACACUCAGAGAUCAAGUCACCCGCACUCGCAGUCCAUGCAGGUACAGCAAGCGGUAGCCCAGGCGGCGCAACAGCUCCAAGCUCUGCAGAAGCAGCAGGCGCUGCAGAGCAGCGGAGGCGGCGGACGUAACACGGUGCAACAGCAGCGCUCGCCCCCACCCCCGGGAACGCCACCCGCGGUGAAACCCUCGGCCGCGAGACUGGAACCCUCACCCGAGGAGACGACCGACCUCGAGGAGCUCGAACAGUUCGCCAAGACGUUCAAGCAGCGCAGGAUCAAGCUCGGCUUCACCCAGGGCGACGUCGGCCUCGCCAUGGGCAAGCUCUACGGAAACGACUUCUCACAGACGACCAUCUCCAGGUUCGAGGCACUGAAUCUGUCGUUCAAAAACAUGUGCAAGCUGAAGCCGCUGCUGCAAAAGUGGCUGGAGGACGCGGACAACUCGCUGAACAACCCGAACUCGCUGUCGAAUCCGAUGACGACCCCGGAGGCGAUCGGUAGGCGGAGGAAGAAGCGGACCUCGAUCGAGACGAGCGUCCGCGUCGCCUUGGAGAAGGCAUUCGUUCAGAAUCCCAAGCCGACUUCCGAGGAAAUUACCAUUCUCGCCGACAGUCUCGCCAUGGAGAAGGAAGUGGUCAGGGUCUGGUUCUGCAACAGCACUCCCUAUUACAGGCGGCAGAAGGAGAAGCGCAUCAAUCCUCCGACAGCAGCGAUGGGCAGUCCGACGAUGGCAUCGCCCGCGCCCUCGGUCUUCGCCUCGCUGGCCAGCACAAUGUCCAGCAGUCCCCUCGCCCUGACGACGCACUCGUCGCCGGCUCUCGGAGGCGGCCAGCACCCGCACUCGACCCCGCUGGGCUCGCCUCUGCCCCUGGCCCUGGUGGCGGCCUCGGGCGCCGGCAGCGGCGGCUACGGACACCCGCACGGCGCCAAGUCCUCCGUCCACGAGUGACAGCAGGUCAAGCCAGCCGGCGAGUCCACGGCUCUCUACCGCCAGCAUCAACUCCAGCAGCCGCAUCAGCAUCACCAACCGCGACGAUUGUGCAAUCUACCGGACUUUUAUCACUAAUUCGGGAUCAUUCGUUCUCGGGAUGUGUAGAGUGUCCUCCUUUCCGCUUGCGUUGGAGGCACUCGCUCUGAGCGUUGCGUCCGGCUCUCUAGGCGUUCGAUCGAUCGGGAUCGAGACGUGACGGCGACAGCGUUUUUUUAACGAAGGCUCUACAAUUAUUUGUAAAUAGGACGAACGUUGUGGCCGUCACGAGGUAUUCUCUCGUCGACUUUCGAUUGUCGAUACGCCGCGGGGAGAGCAGCGGACGGCGAAGCACCAAAAAUUCGAUCAUCACGAGAGAGAGAGAGAGAGAGAGAGAGAGAGAGAGAGAGAGAGAGAGAGAGAGAGAGAGAGAGAGAGAGAGAGAGAGAGAGAGAGAGAGAGAGAGAGAGAAAGAGAGAUUAUAGUCGUCGCUGCUAUUAUUUUUCAAAGUAUUGGAAUGAAGACAAAGAUUUAUUAACGAAUACAGUCAGCAUUUGAGAUAAUAUACGAACGAUAACGACGAUUUUUUUGUAAAUAAUUAGGGGAAAUUAUUUUACGUUUAUUUAUGAAUAUAUCGCUGUUUUAUAUAAAAGUCGGUUAGGCGAAAGGUCUGGCAGUGAUUCUCAAUGUGACAUGGACGAAGAUCGCAAGCGACACUCAACGUUUCGUCUGCAUUUUCGCCCGAUGACGAUCGUGCAAGAUCUUUCGGCCUAAUUGCAGAAUAAAGAAAAUGAAAGCGCGCUACUUCCUUUAAACGAUUUGCCUGAUAUUUUUCAUCGGAGUCGCCGUACUUCCAACAUCCACUGUACACCGGCCCCUGAAAUGAUCGUUAACUUUAGUUCCGUAAAUAAAGAAAUGAACGAAGGUACGUGACGUAAUGGUUAUCGUAAACUGAAGAGAGUUUUGUUUCGGCGCGGCGCAACGAACUUUUCAAGAUGUGCGAGAGACUCUCGAGAAUAUCGACGCUUUACUAAGCUAAAUUUUACAACGAUUCAUUCAGUAAAUUGUGAAAUUCCCUUUCGUCGUGAUCUUAUCGUCGUUAUGCUCGAAGUCAUCCACGAGUACAAAGUUCCUAAAGCAGUGACUGUAAUUACAUUUACUAUAAUUAAUACACAUUGUAAAUACGCGUAUAAGCAGAAACGAGUUGUCCGUAAAACGAGGCGGCACGUUGAUCGAAACAUUUUUGUCCACGCUUUUUUCGAGGAUUUUUACACACGAAAAGAAACAAAUUUUCGAGAAAAGGGAACAAACUUGAGUUUUUUCACUCCUUUGGAUUCUUUUCUCUAGUAUAUAACGCAUGGGAAUCGCGCAAGUAGAGGUUGCCCAUUUUUCGCCCAUUACGUGUGUGCAUUUUAAAAGGAACGAAAUAACGAUGAAACGGAACAAAAAAAAAGUAGCUGAUCGAAUCUUAACAAAGCCAAGAUUUCAAUAGUAUCGAAUUUCUUGAUUUUCGGCCUCUUUUUAAAACAGGGUCACGUACGUUUUGCCGGAGAAACGACAGAACAGAGACAAUUUGACAGUUCGCCCCGUGGCUAAGUUUUUAAACGCGUGUAUUAAUGGAAACGAGAUACAACAAACCCUCACAUAUCCAUAUUUAUAUAUAAGUCUUACGUGUAAAUACACAGCACUUUUUCUUUUUAACGACAGUUGCAAGGGAUACCUACACUAAUCAGACAAAUACAGAGUUUCGCCGUGAGCUCAACUGGUCGAAAUAUUAUAUACGCGAUGGGCGCUUUAAACGGUAGAAUCAGGAAGAGAUGCGCGCGUCGAACGCAUACGAUAAAUAGUAUACACGUAGUUCGUAAGGCACAAUAUAUUAUAUAUUAUCGCUUCGCCGCGAGGCGGAGAUGAAAAAUGGAAAAACCAAGGGCUAUGAUCUAAACUUCUGUGCAGAUACGUACGCGUGCGUGUGUGUACAAGCAAGUGUGCGUGUGAUUAUAUAAAUAAAUAUAUUUAUGAGUAACUAUAAAUAGCAAUUUAAACGAUAAAAAUAAACAAAUGAGACAAAAAAACAAACAUUAUGAGCACACGAUUGCGGAUAUAGACUCGCGUAUGGAACGUAUCGUCUUUAUAAAUAUGCAUAUACAGAUUAUGUAUGCAAAUCUAUUGAAUGUAUUGUAAAUAGUUAGGGCGCGAUUAUCGAUUUUAGAGUUGACGCGAAUUAUCCUGGGAGAACGGCUGAGUGUAUAUAUAUAUUAUGUAUCAACGUCGCGAUUCGCUGCAUUGUCGCACGAGCAUCGCUUUAAAGAUCGAAGACGAGGAGACGGGGAAAGCCGAGCGUAUUGUGUACAUUAAUGUGAAUUUUUAUUUUCGAAGCUCUCUUCUCUCCUCAUAUUCGCUUCUCGAUCGUUAGACAAUGAAUGAUUCGCACUGCACGGUGUCAAACGUGUAAAAAAAUACGAACGACGAGGGCAUCACAGAAGCGAUGCGACAUCGCCGUCUUUUAAGCUGUACAUUAUUAUUCCGACUAUAGUAAGCUUAUACUGCAUGCAAGAGAGAACGCAAGAGGGCGAGGACGAAGAGAAGAGGGAAGAGAGGCGUUUUUACAUAGGCGAGGGGUGCAGCGACUUCUCAUGGGCCCAAACCGUAGAGAGCGCGCGGCGAGUAAAAUCGAGGAAAACUGAAAAAACCGAGAGAAUUUAAAAAAGUUCCUAAGCGACGUGCGAAGUCACGCAUGUGCACAAUGUACGAGACGAAAAAAAGAGAAAGGAAACGCAGGACCCGAAGAGAACAGUUAUGAGGCGUGGAGCACGAUUUUUUUCGCGCUAGAAGAGAAAUAUGGUGUGACACUUGUGUCGAUAUACUAUUAGCAAGCUAAAGAAAGAUAUGUGGAGAGUACGAGCGAGUGAAAAAAAAACUAAACAAUUGCGUAGAUUUUCCGAUAUGUCCCCUAAGCCCCUCUUCCAUCUCUUGCACUUCGUGCAACAUGACAGCGUAUCCCAUGGUCGAUAUAGAAUUAUUAUUCUAGCAAUUAUUACUAUCAUUAUUAUUAUAUUAUUAAUAUUAUUAUUUCUUUUAUUAUUAAUAUUAUUUCCAUUACAUUUUAACUUUUAUUAUUUGAGAAUAAAACGCUACAAAGAUUUCAGUUGAUUUGCUGAGUUUUUUUAAUUUUCUCCUCACCUUUCUGUCCCUCUCUUAUUAUUUAUCAGCGAUAUCCUCUUAUUCUUUUUUUCUCGUUUUCUAUGAUUUAACUGGAUUUAUGUGCAAUUUAUGUAUAUUUGCGAAAGAAUACUAUGUGGUGCUUGCGGCGGUGAAAUAACGUGAUUAUUUCGUUUUUAUAAACACAUGUUCUUAUUUGCAAGUUAGUCUGCAGGUGUACGGAGGAAAAAGUAGCGCCAAGCCAUGGUGUAGCCGCAAAACAGGAAUGAUUGUUCGUCACAUCGUUGAGUCGUUUUAGAAAUUUUCACGUGUUAAUUGCGCCACCGUCCUGCCGUCACUUUAUUGACUGUAAAUAUGAAGUAAUCGAGUAGAUGAUGGAGUAACGUAUUCGCCAUUUGAUGUAUUAUUUCGCGAACUCUUAGAUGUUUUAAGAAAAAAAAGUGUCUCGCUAAAUAAUUGCGACGAGACGAUGGUAUACCAAUAGUAGACGACUAUUAAGCAACUGUAACGUUUUUCGAAAAUUAAGACACAAACAAAUGGUUAGUCAACUUUUCGGUAGAUUUAAUGUGUACUACGUGUAAAAGUCGAAGUAUGAAUGCGAGGAUAUGAUAUGUAAUAAAAAAUACGGACGAAUGUCUUUUUUAUUCAACAAACAAAAAAUGAAGAAAAAAAACAUAGUCAAACAAAACAAAAAAAAUUGUAAGGAAGAAAAACUAUGGUGAAUUUGAGAAUAAUCGAGUUUUUCGAAAAGAGAGAGAGCACGGUAUAACGAGUUUCCUAAAAAUUGUAAAAGGUUUAGAGCAAAAACCAUUGAUUUCAAUCUGAAAAAGUUGAAAUAUUUUUUACUGAAAAUUUCGAUUGUCUUUGGAAGUUGAGAUUUUUUGCGACAACCGUAAGUUGUGUAUGUUAGAUGAGAUAAAGAACUUAUGAUAAGGAUCUUUUUAAACCGAAUUUAAGGUUUUUUUUUUAAAUACGUGCAAGAUUGAUACUAAGCAAGCGGUGGACUCAAACUGAUAUUCUUUUUAAUUAAAAAAAGAAAAAGGGAUGAAAAAUCUUGAAGUUAAUUGUAAGGUUUUAUGAGACUCGAUGGAAAUCAUCGAUGUAUAAACAAAAUCAUAUCAUUCUUAAAAAACGUUAAUGUUAACAUCUAGGUACGCAACAAUAUUAUAACAAUUAUUAUUACCAUUAUUAUUACUACUUACCAUUAUACAAUUAGUAAUACACUGUAAUUGUAUAAUAAACUGCGUCAUAGAUAAUA